AGGGGAACAGGGGCACUGAAUUCUCCGGAACACAGGCAACCUAAACGGAAAUAUUAUACUUGUUUAGGGAAAUAAAGCAGGCACUGGCAGAAUUUCUAGUCCGCUCAAAGAAAACGGACGAAAUUGAUUGGCGAAAGUUAGAAAAAUCAUGAUGCCAGUGGAAAUUAGGUGUUUAUAUGGUUAAUAGCUAUAGCCAAUUGGUAUCUAAAAACAUUUUGAUCCGACUGUCAGAAAUAUCCCCACCAAACUUGCUAGCCAGCUAGCUGAACAUGUCAGAAGAAUGGGUCAUUUUAUGUGUGAUCAUUACCCUGCUAUUAAGUCUUAUUUUAACUACACUAGGGUACGUCAUGUACUCGGGACUUAUGUCGGAGAUCAACAUCCGGACGGGUUCACCGCCAAUCAAGAAUAUCACAAUUGCCUACAAAUUUAAACAGGGACCAUACAAAGAUUGUGGACAAGUUUUUACUGAAAGUUGCAGUAUUGGACCCAAGCUCACGUGUCUUGGGGUGUUUUACGAUGAUCCCAAAAAGGUGUCGAAGCUGAAGUGUCGCUAUGCCGUGGGCAGUAUCCUGAGUGAAGGAACUGGCAGUCCCAGUGAGGAGCUGCUCCAGCUCUAUCAGAAGUUUGGCUUCCAGAUCUUUUCCUUCCCAGAGGUCACCCAUGUGGUCACCACUUCCGUCCCCCACAGGACCCCCCUCUCUGUGCUGCUGGGGGUGAGGCGGGUCUACCCUCGGCUUCAUCGCUACAUCAAGGAGAGAAAACUGUGUGCCCACCCAUUCCUAGAAAUCUACAGGCAGGAUGUUAUCCAUUACAUGAGUCCUCUGGCCCGCCAGGGCGACUUCUACGUCCCGGAGGUGCGCCAGGUGGAGAUGAGGCUGUCGUCCGGGAACAAUUCCGAAGAUGACAGGAGCUCUGACAUCACAGGUGCAGACUCAAACAGUGAAUACAGCUCUGGGAGUGGUGUCUUGUUGUCAGACAGCAGAGAGUCCUCUCUGGCUCUCUCUAGAGAGGCCUCUGUGCCCCGCCAAGACCGGGGGCCCAGGGACCACCUCAGUGACCGCAGUGACUGCAGCUCCACCGCCUCCUCCUUUGAGGCGCUAGACACCGACGAGGUGGAGAUGGACCCAGAACAGGACCAGGACCGUAACACCAAACACCGGGGGGAGACCCCCGCUGAGGAGAGGGGGGUGGUGGCUGAGGAGGAGGAGUGAGGGGCAGGAAGCCUGGGGUGAGGGGCAGGAAGCCUGGGGCCCAAGGGGAGCAACCAGGGAGAGAAGGCUGAGAUGAGACCUGGACAGCCAUGUUAGUUAUGUAUUAUCAAUGGUUACUAUUGAUAAUAUGAAUUUCUGAUUAGACACAGCUGUAAAGGGAAUCACCUGGUUAUGUCUAUAUGAGUACUGUCCACAUGUGCUAACAGAAACAAGCCUACUUGAAAACAACUAGCCGAAAUAAAUCAGGUAACCUGAAUAUCUUGAAAUAAUCUUGAAAUAAUAAAUUGAUAUCUUAUUAAUAAUAAUACGUCUGCAUUGUAAACGCAUUUUACUUGAUGUUAUGUUAGUGUUUUACUGUUACCUACAUGGUAAAAUGGUCAUGAUUCCUCCGCUGAAUUGUAUCCAAUCCACACAACAAUCAGUUGUUUAAAUGUUAUUUUUGCCAUACAUCUUUACUACCUGCCAAAACCUCAACAUUGUGAUGUAUUUUUCUGCUGUAGAUAUAAAUAUUGCGACUGGGUAAGUGUAUGAAUGUUGAACAUCAGUAUUUUCCACAUAUCUUUUAAGAGCUCCCUUGUAAGCCUAUUUGGUUCAUUGUUUCAGCAGUAAAGACUAGGCUAGUAUGUGGUCAUAUUGACUCAAAUUUUAAAAUAUCCAAAUCUUGAAUCUUCAGAGUUAUGUGGAGAACAAAUCUUUUCUAGUAUCUUAUCUUUGUACUAGAAACUAUAGACCUCCAUGAAUACUGACCUGCCUUUGGACAUAUCACUAUAUAUGUGAACUGAAUUAUAUGUGUAUGUUUUCAUGAUUCGUUUUAUUAAAAUGUUUUAGUUUUUUUUUUUUAC